GACCCUGGUUCUGAUUCCAGGUCAUGAUGUCUUUCCUUUACAUUGAUAUAAAUAACUCUAUAAUCUUCAGAUCCAUGGGAAAUAUAAAUGGCACAAGCAUUUGCUCCUAUCUGAAUUAAUUUUUGAAGAAUACCAACUUACACUGUCCUGAGCUUAAGCACUAAAGGAUAAAUUUGAUCACUGCCUGGCUUCUCAUCUCUUCCUUGUGAUGGAAAAAUGGUCGCCUAAAAUGAACCCCUUGUUAUGCCGCUGAAACUGCCUUUGAAUCUGAGCUCUGUCGUGAUUUUUAAAACUCAAACCCCAAAAUGUCAGAACUUGACCCUUCAUCUGGAUUUGUAGGAAACAUGGAAAAUGGAACUUUUCUGGAGCUGUAUCCCACGUCCCUUUCAACUUCAGUGGAUUCAUCGCCUGGCCGUUUAUCCAAUGUCUACGUAUAUGUUUCUAUAUUCCUUAGUCUCUUAGCGUUUCUCCUUUUGCUAUUAAUCAUUGCACUUCAGAGGCUGAAAAACAUAAUUUCAUCCAGUUCCUCCUACCCAGAAUAUAAUAGUGAUGCUGGAAGUUCUUUCACUAAUUUAGAGGUUUGUAGUAUUUCUUCCCAGCACUCUGCUCUUUCAAACCUUUCUUCGUGAAAUUGAAUGAAAGGAAACACAGGGAAUGGAAGAGCUUUGUCUAGGUUCUUGGGGAGGUAGUGCAUGCAACAUUUGCCUUAGAAGACUAUUAUGAAGAGGUGGCUUUUAAAGUUUCCUUAGUUAGUUGGGUUUUAUUUUUUCUUUUCUAGUCUUAAUUUCCCCUUUUACUAAUGUUCCUUUUCAUUUUGGACAACGAACAAUGGCAUCUGAACAUUGUUUCGUGCCUGUAAUAGUGAUGCUGUCUUUUUCUCACACAUACAGAGUUCAUUAAGAGUAUUUCUGCCAAAUUGUAAUAUGGUUCUAACUGGAUGUGUCAUUUUUCUGCUCUAGUUGUGACCUCUCUGGUAAUAGCAGUAAUACACUGACUACUUUUCUUUCUUCUUUUUCAAUUAGCCAAGGACUUCUGGAUGAAAUUACUAUUGCAAAAGUAUAAAAAAAAUCAGCUUAAAUAAGUUGUUGGUGUUGGAGGUUUUAUUUUUUCUUUUUAAUU